AUGAGAGCCAUUUUGUUUUCGCUGAGUGCGUUCGCAUUCUAUGCGAUCUUCUAUUUUUCACAAGUCAAUGGGCUCAAUGAGCUUGGCCUUAAAUCUGUGGCUUCAGGAAAGCUUCCUGGUCUCAAUGAGCCCCUGCGCACCGUGUAUACUGGGGUUGAGCCCGUCGAUCGCAUCCUGACUGUGCUCACCACGUUCUUCUAUCCUGUUCUUGACGGCCAAAGCUCAGCGCUUCUGCUGCAUGGCAUCGGGUUUUCUGGCACAUUUGGGGCAGCAUGGACUCUGGUGGUACUGGAAUCUUGGCGAAAAGGCAAUGCUGGUACAGUCGCGGCAUAUCCUGCGAUUUUUGGUCUAGCAGCACAAGUUCUGACCUUCGCUUUCGCAACCCCUUUGAUAUGUGCCCUGCAACUGGGAUGCUCAGUUACGGCGCGCCACCCCCACGCGGAUAAUAUUCGUGUUCCUCGUGUCGUGCUAGCUGUUAUUCCGGCUGUCUUUGUGAUCGGCUUCCUUGUGCCGACUAACUUGAUGAUUCUCCCCGCGCCGGACGUGAUCUCUGUGGACUGGAAGCAGAUAGCUAUCGCUGCGUGGCACCCUUGGCCUGUAUAUGUGUCCAUCCUCACAACUGCAGCCUAUUAUGUCCUCGGCCCAUUCUUCACGAACAACCAUCGGGCGUCCAUGUCAGGCUUGCGGUGGGUCUAUGCGUCCGCGUUCAUCCAUGCUGGAGUCAGCCACCUCGUCACGCUGGUCAUUUCCGUUGCCACAGUCUUGGCUCCUGCUCUGUUUGACACCCGCUUCGUUGAUGCGCUUCACCCGUCUAAGGUGUACUCUUUCCCCGUUCCAUGGUCUGGGAUGCAGGUUGAUACAGUGGCCGAUGGCGUGCAUGUGUUCUUGCGCUGGGAUUAUAUGAUCGGAUCGGCGGGCAUUCUGCUGUGGGCCUUGAAAUUGCAUACUGUCGCUCACAAGCAGAUCUUGAGCUCCAUCUCUUGGACGAGUCUUUUCUUCAAAAUCGGCUUGUUGACGGCUCUUACAGGUCCAGCUGGUGCAGCGGUGGAGUUGAUGUGGGAGCGCGACGAGUUGGUCUUCAAUGAGACUGGCUCAGGGCAGCAAGUUUCGAAGGCCAAAAAGUCCUCCUAG